UUUAACUCUCAAGUAUCAAAAUUUGUAAUAAAGAUAAAAAUAUAUACUAAUAUUAAUCUACUUAAUAAAUACGAUACUUAUUAAUACCAUUUAAAAUGAUCAAUUUUUAUUACAUUAUUACAAAAAAUAUUUGCUACUAAAUACGAUAUGGUAAAUAAGUGCAGUGUUACCGGUUGUAAAAGUCUUUAUGCAAGAGAAAACGUCAAAUUGCACAGAUUUCCCUUGGGCAAUGCAGAAACUUUACCACACUGGAUUGCAGCUACUAAAAGAGAGCCAGAAUGGAAACCCUGCAAAAGCAGUAGACUAUGUGGAAAUCACUUUCAAGAAUCAGAAUACAUAGUUGGACAUGGAAAAGGCAUAUUAAAGUCUUCAGCCAUACCAACAAUUGAUUACUGUGUAACAAUUCCAAGGUACAAUAAAAAAAAAAAUGUGAAUUACAAAACUUCUCAUAAAAUUAAAGACAUGAAUAAUCCAAUAUCAGUUGAAUCUAAGACCCAAAAAAAUGAUUCAACCAUAGAAAUUGUAAAAGUUGAUUAUAAUGAUGAUUAUGAUGAAGAAUUGAUUGAGAAUUAUGAUUUUGACUGUCAAAAUUCCUAUUUAAAUAGUUAUGAAGAAGAAAAUCAUUCUUACAAUAUUAAUGAAAUGUCAUCAGUGGAAAAUAUAUUACAGAAUAACACUAUUAAUGAAAAAUGUGAUGGUAUUGAAGAGAAUUAUGAAAAAUAUGUUCAUAUUAAUGAAAUAAAGAAUAGUAAAGAUACAGAUGAUUUCAGUGAACGACAAACUCAAUGUUAUGUGUACUCCAAUAGCUUCAAAGAAGGUAUUGAAUCAUUAAUUUUAACUGACGAGUGUAAAUCAAUUGACAAAGAAAAAUGGAAUGAGGAUAUGAAUCAAUCAAUCGCAGAUAAAAAUUUCAAUAAAAUACUAAGGUUAAAAAAAAAACGACGAACCAAAGAUAUAUAUUCUUUAUAUUUUAAGUCUUUAAUAAAAAAAAAAGGACAUAAUAUUGAAAAGAAUAUGCAGCAAUUUUUUAACGAUGAUGCAGCCAUGUUUGGAGCAUUUAUUGAAACACAGAUGAAAGAACUAUAUCCCCACAAAAAACUCUACAUGAAUACAAAGCAUAAAAUUCAAAAAAUUUUGAUGAAAGCACAGUUAAAAAUGACUGAUUAAACAAUACUUGUAAAAACAAAGAAUGUUAUUAAUUGUAUAUAUGUAUAUUGUACAUGAUUAUAUAAAUCAAAUAUAAAAAAUAAUUUAAAUCUGUUA